UAAAAACAUUUAUAGGUCUCCCUUUCGUCACGAGCCAUCUGUACGUCAAUUUGGUUCAAUUGUCUCUCUCGUUACUUGUUCCUCAUGUCAAUUUCAUGUUUUUAUUAAUCCCCCAAAACCCCACUUCAAACAGACCACAGCUUCUUCUCAUCAAUAUGCGGCGGCGGUUCGAUUACAAUCUCAUCGUCGUUCUCGUAACUCUGCUAUACAUCUUCCAAUCAUCUUCAUCUCUCAAGAUUGGGGAAACAUGCUCUACAAGUAGCAAUAAUUGUGAUUCCGGCUUGCGAUGUGGUACCUGUUCGGCGAGUGGAAACACGCGGCCCAGAUGUGUUCGUGUUCAACCUUUCAGCCCUACUUCUAAGGUGAAUGGAUUACCUUUCAACAGGUACACAUGGCUGACAACUCAUAAUUCAUUUGCGGUUUCGGGUACAAAAUCACCCACCGGGUCCCCGAUUCUGGGCCCGGCUAAUCAGGAAGAUGAUGUUGCAUCGCAACUUAAGAAUGGAGUUCGAGGGCUAAUGUUGGAUAUGUACGACUUCAACAACGAUAUAUGGCUAUGUCACUCCUUCGGCGGUAAAUGCUAUAAUAUCACAGCAUACCAACCCGCUAUAAAUGUGCUUCGCGAUAUUCAAAAGUUUCUACAAGCAAAUCCAUCGGAAAUCAUCACCAUCUUCAUCGAGGAUUACGUUACAUCCCCAAGAGGUUUAACAAAGGUUUUUGAUGCAGCUGGUCUCACUAAAUACAUGUUUCCUGUCAGCCGAAUGCCUAAAAAUGGCAGCGAUUGGCCCACUAUCACCGAUAUGGUGAAGCAAAACCAACGACUGGUCGUUUUCACCUCCAAAUCCUCUAAAGAGGCCUCUGAAGGCAUCGCUUAUGAGUGGACAUACGUUGUCGAAAAUCAAUAUGGAAGCGAGGGGCAGAUUGCCGGUUCUUGCCCUAGUCGGUCUGAAUCGUCCCCUAUGAACACAACAUCGCGAUCGCUGGUUCUUCAAAACUACUUUGAGACAAAUCCCAAUUUCACUGGAGCGUGUGUUGAUAACUCUGCUCCGAUCAUUGCCAUGAUGAACACAUGCCAGAUAGCCGCAGGCGGUCGCUGGCCAAAUUUUAUCGCCGUUGACUUUUACCAGAGUAGUGAUGGUGGAGGAGCAGCUGAAGCCGUGGAUCAAGCCAAUGGUCGCUUGACAUGUGGAUGUCCUAACAUUGCUUAUUGCGGGGAUGUGAACGGGACAUGUAACACACCGGUGCUAUCGCCUCCCCCACCAGCACAAUUGUCGCCUGGAAGUUCUGGUGGUUCGAGCGAGGGUUUCUCGAUUCAUGAAGUGGUUCGGCUACAGUGGUUUGUUGGUGUGCUGUUGUCCACAUUGAUGUUGCUAUUGUUGUAAGUUUUAGUUAGCUGAAGAGUCCUCUCUUUGGUUAAAAUUCUUUUGCGGCUGACAUACAUACAUGCACGCUUGUACAUGUUCAACUACUUGAUAUGCUUUAUGUUGUAUCGCGGAUACUUAUGGUUCUGUUAUAUCUGAUUGUACGAGUUUUGGUGGUCAUUAGGCGUAAGUAAAUAAGUGUAAAGGGUCAACAAUUUUCAUUUCUUUAUGUUGACUACCUAAAAGACGAAUAACACAUUGUGCAAGUG